AUGGAUGAUUUAGUAAAAUCUAGUAAGAUUUCAAUAAUGACUGCUUUUAUAGAGGUUGUGCUACAUUUAACAAAUAGCUCACUUUUGUGCUUCAAAGAAGCUGCCAUUAAGGUGGUAGGGACAUUGCCGAGGCAAGAUAUGUUCUGUCCUGAGAGGUCAGGGUACCAAGAAAUGAAACAUUCUCCAGCGAUCAUGAAGCAGGAAAUAAAUGCUGCAGACCGAGAGCCGGAAGUCAGUGCAAGAAAAGUUAUGGGGAGAGUAGUAUGGCUUAACGUGCAAUAUGGCUAUGGCUUUAUUAAUUGGCAUGACACCAAGAAAGAUGUGUUUGUACAUUAUACGCCCAUAAAGAAGAACAACCCUAGGAAGUAUUUCCAAAGCCUAGAGACAGGAGAGACAUUUGAGUUUUAUGUUGUGAAUGGUGAAAAAGUUCUACAGGCAUCUUAUGUAACUGGUCCUGGUGGUGUUCCGGUGCAAGGCAGCAGAUAUACACUGAAUCACAAGGAUUAUUGGCACCAUCCACAUUGCAGAGGUCCUCCACGCAAAUAUCAGCAAAGCUACCAAUACAGUGAAGGUGGAGAAGAGCAUGAAGAAGAGACGAAUGUGGCAGAAAGUGAAAAUCAAUCACAGACUGAUCAGAAGAGUCGCUACCCACCAUACUAUUUUGAGAGACCAUAUGGACUCACAGAACAAUUUACUGAUGUCCCAGGGCCAAGUGAAUCAUUAAGAUGA